GACUCUUUCAUUCUGCACGGUUCAGGGCUGAUUUGGUGGAACCUUUCAUAAUCACAUGCCUUUCUGCAGCCUGCCUGAAUUUGAUCACAGUAGCUGAUUUCAUGCAUUGAUAAUGAAGCCUUUAGGUUGCUUUUUUUGUCUGCAUAAUUUCACAUCAGGCGUCUGGUGUGACACAGUUCUAUGUUUCAGUCCCCGCAUAAAGACACGGCUCUGUAAUUGCUGUGCUUUCUUUACAAAUGACUCAGUACGCGCUGCUUCUCCCCUUAAAAAUGUUGCCAGCGUGUAAAGGAUUUUCAAUGAGCAGCGAGAUGAACCAGCGUCUCCGAGGGUUGCGACUGCAUUGAUUGGAAACUGCACAGACACAGAGAUGGUCGGUGCCAGAGUGUAGUUCUUUCGAUUAUACUCUUUACCUAUUGGAAGUUCCCUCUGUCCAACUUGAUCGCUGUUUGCUGCUACCUAAGCAUUGGGCUUAUUCCUUGCUAAAAUGUGGAGUGGAUUUUCCCGUCGAGGGAUAUUUGGUAGCACAUGUCACACAACCACACUUCCAGCGCUUGUUCGGACUCCCAGCCUUAUGAUGCAGCCAUCUCUGGAUAUGAAGCCUUUUGUAUCAUUUCCCAUGGACAGCAGUCCGGCUGUUGGCCUCUUCCCAAACUUUAACACCAUGGAUCCUGUGCAAAAAGCUGUGAUCAACCACACAUUCGGCGUGUCUAUGCCCCCAAAGAAAAAGCAAGUUAUCUCUUGCAAUGUCUGCCAGCUUCGCUUUAAUUCAGAUAGCCAAGCCGAGGCACACUACAAAGGCAGUAAGCACGCGAAGAAGCUCAAAGUGCUAGAAGCAUCAAAAAACAAGCAAAAAAAUGGUUCCUCCAAGGACAGCGCCAAGGCUAUUACAAGCUCAACAGCCAACCACAAAUCAGGUGAGGAGGAAAAAGUGUGUAGUUCGGUGAGCCACGGCAUUGCAGAAAUCAAGUCGCUCAUUGCCAAGUCUGAAGUAGCGUUAACUGCGGUGAUACCAGCAACACUUGUGAAGAGCACAAAUGGCACUACCAACAUUAAUUCCGAAUCAGAGGAAGAAAAAGCCAAGAAACUACUGUACUGUUCACUAUGCAAAGUUGCCGUCAACUCCUUGUCCCAGUUAGACGCACACAACACAGGCUCUAAACACAAGACAAUGCUUGAGGCACGGAAUGGAGCUGGCCCCAUCAAGUCUUACCCAAGGUCUGGAUCUCGACUAAAGCUUCAGAAUGGUAGCAAAGGGUCAGGAUUACAGAACAAAACCUUCCAUUGUGAAAUCUGCGAUGUACAUGUCAACUCAGAAAUACAAUUAAAGCAGCAUAUCUCCAGCAGACGACAUAAGGACCGAGUAGCGGGGAAACCCAUGAAGCCCAAAUACAGCCCAUACAACAAACUCCAGCGUAGCCCAAGUAUUUUAGCAGCAAAACUUGCAUUCCAAAAGGACAUGAUCAAACCUUUAGCGCCGACCUUUCUUUCAUCUCCACUGGCAGCUGCCGUAUCCUCCACACUCUCCUUACCACCCCGGCCUGCCAGUUCUCUGUUCCAGGGGACCACAUUACCCCCAGCUUUUAUAAGAUCAGGACACGGCGCCAUCCGAGCGACUACCGCAUCCAUUCUAUUUGCACCGUAUUAGCUGCAAUGGACGCUGCGGGUUGAGUAGUUGGUGGAAGGCAAAGCGAAGGAAUCCAGGCUGUGUUCUGUGAUGCUGUGCUCGGCCAUGGCUCCUGGAAACGGACACGCUGGAAAAACCGCGUUGAAGAGAAGCACAGAGGCCUGCCCACUUUAUGAUAUUUAUUAAAGCACCGACGCUGAAAUAACUGCAGAACAUGUGGAUAUUAAACAUAGAGAGAGUAUUUAAGAUUACAAGACAUAUUUUCCUCACUUGUCUGUGAUCUGUUUAACAAUUUAUUUUUCCUGGCAGACUUGAAAGAUAUGAAAUGUUUGGAAUCCAAAUGCCCCUAUUCCAGUGUUGAACAUGCAGACUACUGAGAGCAGCAACAGAAGUGCUUUAUUGUGGAUACCACCAAAUUCUGUGGAUUACAUGAAGUAUUAUUACAUGUGGCAACAAGUGGCUCACAGGGAAUUGUGUAGUAUUGUUUUAGACCCAUAUACUGUUGUGUCUUGCAUAGUUCUAGGCGCUAGGUUCUGCUGCUUACACGUCAGGCACAAAACAAUGCUUUGUUACGGGUGGGAAAUGGUUCCGCUUAAAUGCAAUGCCCACCCCAGCGGUUUUCUUCUCUUUUUUUUUUUUUGAUAGAUAAUCCGAACUAGAAAAGCCAUAUGAUAUCAAGUUGUCAUAAUAUAUUUUAUUUUUAUCUAAUUUAUUUUAUAGCAUCCUCACAGAAGAACUUACGAGAUAUACUACUGUAACGCAAGCGCAAAAUGUACAGAGGAGAAGAGUCUAAUUUCUAAAUAGUGAUAUUAUAGUCAUAUAAAGUCUGUAGGGGACGCAGCAAAGGUUUCCUUGGUUUUUAUACACACUGGAGGAGCCGCACCUUGGUCCAUGGCUGGCCAUCCUGAUCCAAAAUGGUGAUAUAGCAUGUAAUGUAAUAAAAGUCAUGCCAGGUCUAGAAAUCCUUAUCGUCCAAUCAUUUGGUAGAAUCCUGGUAACCAGUGCCUAAAUAGUUGCUAUGGGUUACUAGACCUGAUCUAAACUGUGUGACUUUUAUUAACUCACCCUACUGAUUUAUUGUAAUCAGGCUCUUUUAGGUUUGUUUACCUGUUAUAAUCACUGAUUUCACUGGAAAAUGCUCAGACAGCAGGCUCCGCCCCCUUACAUGCCUGUUUUAAUAGGUUACACGGUAUUAUUGAAUCUCUUAGCAGUGCUGUAACUAGAUAUUAAGGGCCCCAAAACAUUUUUAAGUUGAACUAUUCUACCAACAUAUCCUAAAAUUGCUCAGUAACUGGUGUAAUGGUGCCCCCCACCAUCUGCAACU